AUGGCAUCCUGUAACCAACUUGAUAUUUGCGUCCUCGAAUCUUCAUCAUCCACCCCUUCAAACUCUCCUCCUACAACUCUGCUCUCCUCCUCUGAAGAAGGGAGAAAGAGAUGGAAGCUUACCAAGACGACCGAACUUAUUCCACUGACGAAAUCCAAGCUCUUUACCAUUCCCAAAAAGAGUUCUUUGCUCCACAGUAACAAGCAUGGCACUUCACCUUCCAUCAAAUGUUGCCAAUUGGGAUCCUCGUCAUCUAGAGAUGAGGACAUAAAUCCCACCCUCAGUGGGGAUUGGAGAUCAUUCAGAGCAAAGCUUGUUGCAGCAGAGAAAAUAUCGAUGCCUGAAGAUCUCACCACAUCAUCAUCAGCAUCAACUGAAGUUGAUCCACCAAAGCUGACUGUAGGUGCGAAUUGGGCUCACAAAAUUCAUGAGCCCGAGAAAGGUUGCCUACUCAUAGCAACAGAGAAGCUUGACGGGGUACACAUUUUCGAGAGGACGGUGGUCCUCAUCAUAGCAACUGGGCCUAUAGGGCCAACUGGAAUCAUACUAAACCGCCCGUCACUGAUGUCCAUAAAGGAAACCAAAUCGACAGUGUUGGAUGCAUCAGGCACAUUCUUGGACAGACCCUUGUACUUUGGAGGUCCCUUAGAAGAGGGACUGUUCCUAGUUAAUGGCCCAAAAGAGGAGGACGAUGGUGUCGGUAAAAGUGGGGUGUUUGAUGAGGUGAUGAAAGGUUUGUAUUAUGGGACCAAGGAGAGUGUGGGAUGUGCUGCUGAGAUGGUGAAGAGAAAUGUGAUUGGGUUGGAUGACAUUAAGUUCUUUGAUGGAUAUUGUGGGUGGGAAAAGGAGCAGUUGCAAGACGAAAUUCGGGCCGGGUACUGGACUGUAGCUGCAUGCAGUCCAGGUGUCAUUGGGCUGGAAAAUAUGAACAGUGGAGGUAUGUGGGAGGACAUUCUCGGGCUAAUGACUCAAAAAAAAGUAUGGUAACUGCUGUAAAGCUUGACUAUAUUAAUUAUAUAACUGAUGCUCAGCAGGCUGCAGGAUCUGCAAUUCUGUUGAUGUUGCUGGAUCCAACGCAUUUUAGUUCUAGUUUAAGUUCAACUUGGGAGAAAAAACUGAUGUAAAAAUGGUGUAUUAUAUAAUACAGUACUUACUAAAUUAGCAACAUGUCAUGAAAUGUUCAACAAGAUCUGUGAUUUAUCAAUUUUUAUGGGAAGAUAAAUUCUCACUA